AUAUGCAAAUCAGGUGACGUCUGAGGUGAAAGGCCACGCCCCCGCAUGCCUCCCUUUUGAGGACCGGUUGCCUGGCAACAGCCUUAUAGAGAGUGAGAGAGUGGGCGGAGUUUAGCUCAGUAACUCAGUAACUCUUGGCAGCUGCGAGUUGUGUUGUUCACUCGGAGUUUGUGAAUUUGUGUGUGUUGUGUGGAUAACAGACCAGUUCAUCAGAAGAAGGAGCGAAAGGAGAUUUUUUUUUUGUACGGAAUAAACCUCACCUGUUGGGACCGGGACCGUAUGUGUGUGUAUGUAUAAAGUGUAUAGAGCGUAUAGAGUGAAGUGUUUGUGUGUGUGUGUGUGUGCGCGCGCGCGCGCGCCGAAUGUCCCUGGAGUGUGAGGAGUGGACACACACCGGCCAUGUGGACGCAGUGACACACAUGCUCAGGGAGGCCAUGUCUGUGCAGGAGCUGUACGAGGAUGAAGAAGCUCGGGAGUCGGACCGAGACAGCGCCAUCGAGAGCGCCGCGGGAUCUGAGCUCUCCGAUGGAGGAAGAGGAGGAGACAAAGAGGAAGGACUCUUACCUGGGCAAAAGAGUGAAGAGCUGAGCCUGAACCCGUCUGUGACCUCUGACCUUUCGACUCGCUCGCUAAACGAGGAGCAGUUUGAGGAUUAUGGAGAGGGAGACGAGGUCGACUACAGUCCUAUCAGCCCCGAGGACGAGUCUCACACUAAUGGGUUCUCCGACCUCGGGUCUUCCGUACCUUCCAGUGCAACUCACACACCACAGAAGGUGAGACAGGUGAACGGUGAUCAUGAAGUGUUUUGCUCAAGCUGCUGCAGAAAAGUCGCUCAGCUCAACGAACUCGAAAACCGGCUCAAGAACUUCAAAGCAAACAGCCCAAACAGGAAAAUUUCCAGUACAGCAUUUGGCAGGCAGCUGCUCCACCACAGUAAUCUCAGCAGUAGGAACGGCAGCACAGAGGACCUGUUCAGAGACGGCAGCAUUGAUUAUUGUGACACUGACUUCGCUGACAAGGUGAAUCAGUUGGAGAAGAAGCUGUGUGAGCUGGAGAAUGAGUGUCUGAUGAACGGCGAUGUGAAAUCCAAACUCAAACAGGAGAACACGCACCUAGUGCACAGGGUACAUGAGCUGGAGGAACAGCUGAAGGAACAGGAGGCGCGAGCCGAGCACAUCAUGGACGAUGAGCUGCGGAGACACCGAGAAGCCUUCAACAAACUGGAGCGAGAUAAGAACACACAGAUCGAGAUACUCAAUAAUCGGAUGCAGCAGUUGGAGGUGGAGAACAUGGAGAUGCUGGUCAGCGUGAGCAGGCUGAAAACACAGACAGAGAAGCUUGACGAGGAGAAGCAGCGGAUGACGGAUAAGCUGGAAGACACGAGUCUCCGUCUGAAAGAUGAAAUGGAUUUGUACAAGAAGAUGAUGGACAAACUGAGGCAGAACCGGAAUGACUAUCAGAGAGAGAGAGAGGCCAUGCAGGAGCUGAUUGAGGAACUACGGCGAGAGCUCGAGCACUUGCAGCUCUACAAGCUGGAGGUGGAGCGCGUGGGGCGGAUCCGAAGGUCGUCCAUCAGCCUAUCAGAAUUCACCACACGGACUAGAGAGAGCGAACUGGAACAGGAAAUGAAGAGGCUCAAACAGGAGAACCAGAGACUCCGUGAACAAAACGAAGAGCUCAAUGGUCAGAUCAUCAGUCUGAGUCUCCAUGAAGCUAAGAACCUGAUUGCCACACAAACGAAAGCUCAGUCUCUGGCCGCAGAAAUCGAGAAUGCCUCACGUGACCAGUUAAUGGAUGCCCUGAAGGAGCAGGAGGAGAUCAACAUCCGUCUCAGGCAGUACAUGGACAAGAUUAUAUUAUCCAUCCUCGACCACAACCCUUCCAUCUUGGAGAUUAAGUACUGAAAACAAGCUCUUGGUAUUUACAACUAAAAACUGGAUGCUUAUCGCCCCCUGCUGCCCUGGAGGAGGAACUGCAUUCUUUUGAAAGAAUUUGAACUUCCUGGUGUGAAGCGUGUUCCCUUUGUGAGAUUUCAGGACGUCCUGGAGUUAUUCAUCAUCGGUACUGUAUAUGACUGAUUGAGGGAAUAGUCACUGGAAUGGCAGGAUGAAGAAUUAAGAACUGUAAGAAUUGAGAACUGUAAUGGUCUUUUUCUGUAUGUUAUUUUUGUACUAAGCGCUCAUCUCAGAGCUGAUGAUUUGGGAUUGAUUUUGGUGUUAAGUAAGUUGAUCAGAGGGAAAUACGAGUCUGAGAAAGUGUCCGAGAGGGGAACCAGAAGUGUGAGAUGGAAAAUGAAUUGUUUAAUAAAGCACAUCCUGAUAUUGCCAUGGCCGGUUUGAGGGGCAGAGCUUAACUUAAAUCCUAUCUGCCAGUUACUGACUUAAUUGUGGCUGUGAUACAGGUGCGACACUGGUAACCCUGCUAAUACCUCAAAUACCUCAAUAGUUCUCUAGCUAUCAUUAGGCUGAUGUUAUAUUUUGUAAUCAAAAUCGUCAUUUUACGUGAAGAAGUGACUCAGAGCAAAGCAGUGUUUUUGUUGAUGUGACCUAAUCACAUUUGUGAUUGGCUGAUCAGAUUGAACUUGUGCUCUGCCCCUUUUGACCCAGAAUUUCCAUUCACUUAGUGUAAUCCGGACAUUACAUAGGCAUGAGCUGAUAUUACAUUUCCACCUGCUAUUAUCACAAUAUUUCUACCUGUUCUCAUUGGCUUACAUUUGGAUUAUAUUACUCCAAAAUAAGGGCUUUUAGAAGAUUUCAGAAUAAUACAGACUUUAGCAGGAGCACAACAGCUUCCCCAAAAAAUGCUGCCUACCUAGAAAUGAUUCACUAAUAAUAUUGCACACCCUCAUUAUCAUGGUAUAUGGCAUAACUGAUUACCAGUACAUGCCUAGUUAGUAAGAGCAGCAUCUGAAUGAUGACUCAGCGUUAUGAAUGUGCGUGUGUUAUGACUCCUCGUCAUAUCAUCACAAGUGCUUCCUGUUUUUAAGCUGUUGCAAAGAAUGAUGAUGGAGCAGACAUCUGCAUCAUCAUAAUCAGGGUCUUCAUUUCAGAAGUGUUUUUUAUUUGCAGCAUUCCCUCAUUUUAUUUUUACUCUAAUGCUAAUUCAUCUGUUGUGUAAAUUAGUUCUAAAUUGAAUAACGAAGCACCAGUCCGUUUGAGGGUGAAAGGAACUUUGUGUAUAUUUCAUUUUUAGCCAAAGUUUCACAUUUAAUUACAUUCAGGACAUGUUACUUACAUAUCAAUGGCAGGUAACGGCUCAGUAUCGGGAUUGGUGCAUCACUAAAAUUGGUUAGUGAUGAUUUUGGUGGCUGGGUCAGUUUUGAUGAUUUGCUACACACCUGUUUUGGUUUCCCCACUAAUUUGCUGUUUAUUUUUUUUAAUUUUUUUUUUUUUUUUUUGCAAGGUAGAAUUGUGUCACAUACACUGAGCAAAUUUACCUUUGCACUAUGAACACAAACAUUAUCUUUUUUUUUUUUUUUUUUUUUUUUUUUUUUUUUUUUUUUUUUUUACAAGUUCUUUCAAGUGUUUGUGCCUCUUAUAAAGCAACCCCACUGACAGAUCUGCUGAUUGUUUCUGUCUUGCACCUUUUUGAAUCAUGUUCCAUUUCAGUGCAAUUUAUAAGCAACCUGUAAAUACUGUAUAGGUAACUAUAAUGCUCACUCAUUUUCUAUACCUACCACUCAAGUUACUACUUUCAACUUUUUCUACACCUGUGUUGUAUAGUUUAGCUUUCACUUUUUUUUCCCCACAAAAUAUCUACUAGCUCUGAAAGCAAUAUUUGUAUCACUACUUUAGCGACAGAAGCCGAAUGCUAGCUGGGGUUAAAGCAGGAGUCAUGUGUUGACCAGGCUACCAUGGCUUAUGAUGUCCACUUUUACCCUCUUUAAUCCUUUGCUAAUCAAAUUUCAGUCAUUCUGACUGUUGAUUGACACUUUUCUAUAGAUAUUUCAUACACCGGAACAUUUUAAAUGCCUCAGAUUAGCACCUUGUUAAUUUAUUAGUGUAAACUGGAGUAUUGUUACAUGUUUUCUGGUCUUCAGUUUAAAAAAAAAAAAAAAAAAAAAAAAAAAAAAUCCAAAUGGGAUAUACUGUGCCGUCCUGAACAUGGCUGAACGACUCACCGUUAGCAUGUUGAAGAUGAGUAGAAUAUAACUUUGGUUAGAAAUGUUGGCAAUAAAAGCUAAAUUCA